AACUAGUACCUGACGUGGUCUGCGCUAAAGCAGACGGCUUCCUCCUCCUCGCGCAGCCGCCGCCUCUCGCCGUCGCCGGCGGCUUCUAUCCCUCGUCCGCCCUUCCGGCGCGCCGAUCUCUUACACACCGUUCGACAAUGGCCACCGCCGCCUCCGCCUGUGCAGGCACGGGCGCCGGGGAAGCAACGGCGUCGCCGCCGUCCCGUCGUAUCCUCGUCGGUGGCCGGCCUCCUCCGCCCCGUGUUUCGUUCCUCUCCAAGUCGUCCCCCGGGUGGGCCUUGAUCUCUCUCCCUCCGGGGCCCCGCCGCGUGGCUCCUGCCGCCGCCGCUGCCGAGGAGAGGGUGGAGGAGGAGGAGGAGCCGGCGUGGGUGGAGCUGGAGCCGAUCGGCAGCGAGCAGCAACUGGACCGUGCCCUCGCGGAGGCGCAGCAGAUCGGCCUCCCCAUCGUCCUUCUCUGGAUGGCAAGUUGGUGCAGAAAAUGUAUAUAUUUGAAGCCUAAGCUGGAGAAAUUGGCAGCAGAAUACUAUCCAAGAAUCCGGUUCUACUGUGUUGAUGUCAAUGCUGUUCCUCAAAAGCUUGUAAAUCGUGCAGGAGUAACAAAGAUGCCUUCUAUACAGCUGUGGAGUGACUCUCAGAAACAGGCUGAGGUGAUUGGUGGACACAAAUCCUGGCUAGUAAUUGACGAUGUUCGGCGGAUGAUCGAUCAGGAGGAAUGAUCCAUUAUGUCCUUUAGUGCAAUGAUGAUGUGAUGAUGUCCAGCAGGAAGAAUCUUUCAGUAAGCAAAUGGAGAAAUCAAAAGCCAGUACCAUCUCCUUUCAAGAGAUCAGGCCAUAUAUACCAAGUAAACGAUCAUCAUAUUUAGCUCUACUGCCAAAGAAAUACAACCCAGGGCACCAUUUCGUUCUGUUCUCUCCAAAUUUGGUGUCGACAGAAUCACCACCACACCACCCCUGUGAUGUCCUCUGUGAUGUCCUUGAUGUAUCCAUGUGUCUUGUUUAGAAAUCUAUGCAAUUAAAGGCAAGACUUCUUGUU